GGCCGGAGAGUGACGGGCAGGAACCAUGGAGAGUAACAGGACACGGGGGUUGAACCAUGAACUUUCCAAGCUGUUCAAUGAGCUGUGGGACGCAGAUGAGAACCGUAUGAAGGCCGGGAAGGAUUAUCGGAUCUCCUUGCAGGGCAAAGCUGGGUAUGUGCCCGCCGGCUCCAACCAGGCCAGAGACAGCGCCUCGUACCCGCUCUUCCAGUUCGUCGAUGAGGAGAAGCUCAGGAGCAGGAAGACAUUUGCCACCUUCAUCUCUCUGCUGGAUAACUACGAGAUGGACACGGGGGUGGCCGAGGUUGUGACUCCAGAGGAAAUAGCCGAAAACAACACCUUCCUGGAUGCUAUUCUGGAAACCAAAGUGAUGAAGAUCGCACAUGACUACUUGGUGAGGAAGAACCAGGCCAAACCCAGCCGUAACGACUUCAAGGCCCAACUCUACACCAUUUGGUUCCAGCUGUACUCCCGGGCGCCGGGGCAGGGACCCGAUUCCUGCGGCUUUGAGCACGUGUUUGUGGGGGAAUCCAAGCGAGGGAAGGAGAUAAUGGGGCUCCACAACUGGGUCCAGUUCUACCUCCAGGAGAAGAGGAAAACCAUCGACUACAAAGGCUACGUGGGGCGGCAGAACAAGAGCCGGCCGGACCAUGACGACCAAGUUCUGAACCUGCAGUUCAGCUGGAAGGAGAUGGUGAAGCCCAUAGGGAGCAGCUUCAUCGGGGUCAGCCCGGAGUUCGAGUUUGCCCUUUACACCGUCGUCUUCCUCACGUCCCAGGAGAAAAUGACCCGAGAGGUCGUCCGCGUGGAGGAAUACGAAAUGCAGAUCGUGGUGAAUCGCCACGGGCGUUACAUAGGCACCGCCUACCCCGUCCUCCUUAGCACCAAUAACCCGGAUCUGUACUGAGGGGCGUAUAUUUAUUAACACUGGAGAUGUUCCCCAUAGCAACCAAUCAGAUUUCAAUGGUUGAAAAAACUAAAGCAGAGAUGUGAUUGGUUGCUAUGGACAACACCAUCGGUGAUGUUUGUCUCCAAUGUUAAUAAAUACACCCCUAAACCUAUGUUUACAGCGCUGGAACCGACCCGGUCAGCAAUGAGUUAAUGGGCAUUUUCUGCCCCCCCCCCUCCAGGCUGGAAAUCUCUAACUACCCCCAAAGGGACAGUAUGCCAGUGCCUUGCUCUGAGAGUGCAGGUAGCACAGCAGGGCCUCUCUAAUGUGAAAGUUCUGUAUUGUAUAUUUACUGGAUUUUGAUUGGUUGGCUGGGAGGGGGCGUUACUAUUCUCUCCCAGCCUAUAUGGGACUUGUUUAGGAGCUUGGAACGACACUGUGCCUUUCUACUUGCACUCAUUUUGUUUUAAUUGCUUUGUGCUUUGCCUUUAACCAUUAAAAGCCAAUUAGACUUC